CAUCCAGUCGAGGAGUCAUGCCCGUCCCAUUCGGCUUCAGCGCGGGCGACAUCGUUCUUGCUAUUGAGGUCUUCAUGAAAAUCGUACAGGCCUUAAAUGAAACGAACGGAGCCGCCUCCGAAUAUCAGGAUACCAUGCAGUUCCUGCAAUGCCUGUGCAUUGUUCUACAGUAUCUACAAGAUAUCAACAUUUCAACGCUUGACCCAAUGGUUCGACAAGCUGUACAAACCUUGGCCAAUGCAAUGGAACGACCACUCCGCACCUUCAUCACCGAGAUCCAAAAACACGAACCUUCGGUUGAAAGAUCUUCGACGAAUGCCUCUAAAGCCUUACGCGCGGGCUUGCGCAAGAUUAAGUGGUCUUUAUUCAUCUCCGAAAAGGUGGACCGCCUGAGGAACCAAGUAUCUGCCGAAGUUAAAACUCUCCAGUUACUCUUGCAAUACGAAACUUUGCGUGUAGUCGGUUCCUCCUUCCAAAGACUGAGAUCAUUGGAGACCCAUCUAGAAGCAUGCAGAUCUGAACACAAUUCUCUCGGCACCACGAUUAUGGAAGCCGUUGAUGGUUUAAAAACACACUUGAACAGAUCUCCGGGUAUUCAGGACCACAGCCGAGACAGAAUUCGAGCGCAUUAUCCCCCCGGGAGAGCGGACGCCCACCGGGAUAGUAGAGUAUCCUUCGCGAACACGGACCUCUCCUCAAUUGAGACUGUCCGGCCAAUUAGUCCCGGUAUGAAAGUUUUGGACAAUUUGAACAACUUAUUAUUCCAAAUCCUCGCUACUAUCCGAAGUAUUCUUAUGUACUUCAUGCAUGUCAUGACUCACAUCCGAGCUUUUUCUCGUCUGUCUUCGCCUUUUCUAUACCUCGCUCCAACUUUGCUGUUGGAUGACAACAUUCGCUUUGAAGAUUUCCUGGGAAGGGAUUUUAGUCUGCCGUAUGAGUGGUUCAGCAAGUGGCCGAUAUUCGACGGCUUCUUGAAGCAUCAUUUCAAGGGCAUCGCUGGAGAGGGACUUGUCAGCUCAGGGCUCUACAAGUUGUAUCAAAGCGCACAUCCAACUAAUCUUGACCGACAUGGGCAUUGCCAUAACUCAUUCGGAGUGACGCCAUGUGCAAGAUUAAAGAUGUCUGUCGCUGUACCCAUCCACAAGAUCAGCCCUCUAGUUCGAAAAGAGACUUUCGUUGAAGCGAUUUCGAGGUAUCGAGCCAGGCAUGAAUUUUGGAAUAGCGGCUGUUGGGACGACUAUGAAGCUUACGGAUUUGAAGACUUCAAGGCUAUUAUCGAACAAUUCCCCCUAGAAUCCACGGAGACUACUGAGUUGUCAUGGGAAGAGGCAGAUUACCUCCCACUGUACCAAAUUCUUUGGACCGCAUGGAAAUUUACUUCACCCGACUCAUGGGGAAAAGUAGAUGUUUUGAGAUGUGCACGACCCAAGCUGUCAUGCAAGUGGCCUGUUUCUCCCGAAGAAGUUGGUCUGUUUAGAAACGUACAUAUUAUUGUCUAUCACGGUGGGGAAUGAGAUGGUGGUCGCCGGGAAGAACGGUAAGGCUGCUGAAACAGGAGACGGGUUAUGUUUGUAGAGUCGAAGAAGCCAAGAAAUCGGCUCAAACGUAGUG